GAAAGACGGCGGCAGCGGAGGGUAUAGGAAACAAGGGAUGAGAAGCAACACUUGACAACAGCAAGGACCAUCACUAUUGAUGUCAAGGGAGUCUACAAACACCUCAAAUUCAAUGUCAACAACUUCGCAGAGUCCAGCAAGCACGCCAAGGAGCGGAGUCACGAGCGGGCCCGGCUCGGCAGCACACGGCCAAUUCAAUCAGCCACCCGCCACCUAUGAUGAAGAGGCGGCGCUCCUCGGCUCUGUCCAACGCAAGAGCAUUGUGGAGGAUGUUCAGCUCAACUCUGUGAAUGGCAUCCCACAUGUGGAAGACCGCCCCAAGCAGUCGAUGUGGAUGCAGAUCCUUGGCUACACCGCCCUCCUCGCCGCCAUUGUCUCGUGGCUCCUUGGUGCAGAGGCAUCACGUGCUGUGGAGACUGGCGACAAUGCCUACAAGUCAUACUUUUUAUCGUUUGGUUCGGCCAUGUCUUCCCGGCUCUUUUCCUGCCUGUCGGAUGGUUUAUGCUCCGCUACAAGGAGCACUGGCGGACCCUCCCGCAUCCUGUCCAUGGCAAGGAUUUUGAGUGGAGCUCGUUUGGCGAGUUCCGCGUGGCCUGGAAGCUGACCUGGGGCCAGAUGGCUUGGCGUGGCUUCUGGCUCGCCGGCGCUUACAUGGUGCCGGACAUCUUCUGGUUCUCGUCGCUCUCCAUGACCUCGGUCGCUGCCGCCACCACCAUCUUCAACUCGUCGACCGCCUUUGUUGUCCUCUUCUCCAUCUUUCUCCUCGGCGAGCGCCCGUCGCUCAUCAAGUUUGGCGCCGCCAUCCUCGCUGUCGCCUCCUCGGCCAUGGUCUCGUUUGCUGACAACAUUGCACCGUCUCAUGGCUCAAACUCCGACACCUCGUCGUCCAAGCCAUCGAAUCCGGUUCUUGGCGGCCUGUUUGCCUUCCUUGGUGCUGUCCUCUACGGCCUCUACGAGGUCGUCUACAAGCGGUUUGGCCUGGUGACUGGCGAGAACGAUCCGCUGCCGAUGGUCAUUAUCGUCGCCGGCCUUAUGGGUGUGGGCAACACUCUGGGCCUUGCCCCUUUCAUCCCGCUUCUUGACUGGACUGGCUUGGAGGAGUGGCACCUGCCGGUUGCUGACAAGUGGCCCAACUUUGUCAUCAUGUCUGCCAUGCUCGCCGUCUUUAUCGUCUCGCUCAUGACCUCGAUUGCUCUUCUCCCCUCUCCGACCUACGUUGCUGUUGGCAUCACUCUCACUGUUCCGGGCUCGCUCGUCCUUGACGCCGUCCUCCACGGCGCCUCGUACUCGUGGCCAUUCCUUGUUGGCUCGCUCGGUGUCAUCCUCUCCUUUGGCCUCAUCGUCGCCAAGGAGCACCACCCAGCCCUUCUCAGCCAUCGCUGGCUGUAGUGUAAACCAGUGUCAUUUACUA